AUGAAGACCCCUGUCAUAUCCCGGCUAGUCUUCUUGGCGUUUGGUACAGUCGUUACCGCAGCCACUUGCGAUUCUCCUGUUCAGCGCAAGAACUUUACAUCUCUUUCAAACGAAGAAAAAUUGGCCUGGGUUGAUGCUGAGAAGUGUCUCACGACUCAUGAUGCCGUGUUUGGACUGUUCGAUGCUGCCACAACUCUCUGGGACGAGCAGCAAUAUUUGCAUUUGACCAUGUCAAACUACAUUCAUGGAGUGGGACAAUUUCUGCCUUGGCACCGCUACUACGUGAAGCUGCAUGAGUAUCUCUUGCAGACCUACUGCAACUACACCGGUGGAAUGCCUUACUGGGACUUGCAAGUCGACGCAGAUAACGUCACUCAGUCUGAUGUGUGGGACUUAGUUUACGGCGUUGGCGGUGAUGGCAAUUCUUCCGAGAGCAAUGUCGUGACGGAUGGUCCUUUCGCUUACACGGAAUUCCACGUCGGAGCGUACUCCUUCAACACUGUCAUCCCCAAGGCUGCAACAUACUACUUGAAUCGUUCUAUCAGCGAAUCUAUCUUUCAGCUGGCAAGCCAAUCCAGUGUAGAUGAGUGCAACGAGGCAGAAGUUUACGAGGACUACUGGGAUUGCCUAGGACAGGCUCCCCACUCAGCUGGCCAUGCAGGUACCGGUGGCGUUAUGCAAGAUCCUGUCUUAUCCCCUGGAGACCCCAUUUUCUUCUUGCACCACAACAACCUGGAUCGUCUCUGGUGGGAGUGGCAGUCAAUGAAUUUGACCGCCCGACUCACAGAUAUCAGUGGCCAGAACACCCCGUCCGACUCAUUCAACCUCCAGAACAACUGGGAAGCGCCGGGCGCCAACUUCACGGACUACAGCGGCGACCCUGCCAAUGUCACAACUUUGACCCAUGUUCUGUCCCUGUAUGAGAUGCUUCCCAACGUCACUGUAGGCGACGUGAUGGAUAUCGGCGGAGAUGUUAUCUGUGCGGAGUACGUUUAA